GAGUCCGCUGGACAGCGCGCUGAGCCACAGGCUGCGCGCGGCGGGCGCCCCGGCUGCACAGUGCCUACUUUCAGGUGGUGCGCGCCAGCGUCCUUUUUUCUUUUUAACCUCCUUCCCAACGCCAAUGUAACCCGAGUAGAGCGUUAGGUAAAAAUCCUUUCGUACCUUUGUUUGCUAAUAUACUCAGCAUUUCUGAACUAGGAGAGCUCGCUGGCCAAAGCAUUAGAUGGAUUUUAGAGUUGAACACACUUGGGAUGGUUUUCCAGUGAAGCAUGAGCCAGUGCUUGUCAGGCUGAAUCCAGGUGACGGAGGAGUGAUGAUGGAAGUCCGUGCUCCAUUUUUUAAUGAUCCCCCUGCCCCACUUGGAGAACCAGGAAGGCCUUUCGAUGAACUGUGGGAUUAUGAAGUUGUGGAAACAUUUUUCUUGAAUGAUGUAACUGAGCAGUAUUUAGAAGUUGAACUUUGUCCCCAUGGACAACAUUUAGUGCUUUUACUCUGUGGAAGAAGAAAUGUGUGGAAACAAGAACUUGAUUUGUCAUUCAAAGCAUCCAAAGACGACACAAAAUGGGAAGGCAAAGCUUAUCUUCCAUGGAAUUAUUUUCCACCAAAUGUGACAAAGUUCAAUUCAUAUGCAAUUCAUGGAUCAAAAGGUAAAAGAAGUUAUGAAGCCCUCUACCCUGUACCACAGCAUGAACUGCAACAAGGACAAAAACCUGAUUUCCAUCGUCUAGAAUAUUUCAAGCCAUUCAGCUUUAACACGCUGCUUGGAGAAGAAUGGAAACAACCAGAAUCAGAUCUGUGGCAAAUAGAGAAAUCUGAUUUAUAGGAAUAUAAUGGAUAACAAUAUAAAUAAUUUUUUGUGUACCUUUUAAGGUAAACCAGUAAUUGUAAUCUCUUGUAAGACACAUAUCAACAGCAAAUAUCUUCAUAGAGUCACAGAAAAUUCAGUGGGUAUCUCUGUAGCAAAUUGUGUGAUUAACAAGAAGAUAGAAAGUAAAGUUAUAAUUUUUCUCAGGAUCAUUAGUCUAGGAGCCAUGGUGUCAGUGGUAAUACUUUCUGCCUUGUGUUACCAUCAACCCAAAUAUCCCUUCUUCUGUCACCAAAAUCAUUACUUGCCUCCAUACUUCCUUAAAGUGCACCUGCCGGAGACUUGGAAAUCUUAUAUUCACAGUUUUAAACUCCUUGUAAUAUCCAAUGAUUUAUUUUACCAUGAAUUUUCUGUCCUCUCAUAAUUAGCCGAAAAAUGUGACCUAUUUUAGUUGAAUAGGAGAUCCAUAUAUGUUAAAACAAUGUUAAGAUACAUAUAAUAUU